CAGAUUAAUCAGGUGGACCUAAUCUCUCCCUCUCUUGCUUUUCUUUCACCAUACUCUUUAAAACCACCACACCGGUGAUUAGUCUGCCUAGCUCAUUGGCAAAAUCUUUCUUGUCUUGUUUCUUCAUUAGAUCUAAACAUGAAGAAAAUGGAGAUUUUCUGUGCUUCUCCAGCAUCCACUGCUGUGUGUUCCAGCUUAGACCAGCGUUCAAUGGUCCGUCACUCUCACAGACACCUGGAUCGCUCUUUCAGUUCCAAGGCUGCUUACACACCUUGUUCAUCACAAUUGCCAAUUAGUCCGAGGCCUUCCUAUGAGAAGAUGAGGAAGAGUAAUUCUUCUAGUAAUAGGCCGAGUGAUUUGCAUAGAAAGAGCUCUGCAGGUGUAAAUGACCUUUAUAGUCCUCCUGGUUCAUCCAGAUAUCUUUUAAGAGAGUCUUCUACUACUUCUUAUAUUGAUUGGAAUAUUACUUCAAAUGACUCCGAUCGCGUCUCUGCUCUAGUUCCUUCGCAGCCUGCAAAGCCCUCUAGACGUGUAAUUAUAAGCUCAAAUGACUCUCAAGCUCUGAUCAAGUCCUCUCCUUCUGCUCCGUCGCGACACCAGGUUGUGGUUCUGAGGGUGUCAAUCCAUUGCAAAGGAUGCGAAGGAAAAGUGAGAAAACAUAUAUCUAAAAUGGAAGGAGUGACAUCAUUCAGUAUCGAUUUAGCGACAAAGAAAGUUACAGUAAUCGGAGAUGUGACUCCUCUGGGUGUACUUGAGAGCAUUUCCCGGGUGAAGAAUGCGCAGCUUUGGCCAUCUCCGACACCAUCAUCACCGUCGCCAUGUUCUGUUUUGAUCAACAAGAACAACUGAUGAAUAAAAACCAGUUCUGAUA